CGCCAAUAAUUCUUUUCUGCCAAACAAUUAAAUUAAAUACCCUAUUAAGUUAAUAGUAGUGGCAGUGCCGACUGUUUCAGUAUUUUGUAAACAGAAAAAUGUUAUAGAAUAAAGACAUGGUUACCAUAGCAGCGCAGUCGUUAAAUACUUGGGGAUUUCCUAGACGUUUUCAGUCAAGAACUUGCAAACUGCGGUGAUGUUUUAGUUCCGUCAGUCAUUCAGGAAUAAUACUUCCGGUCGGGGGGCAUCCUUCAAAUUAGUCCGAUUCGUUUGUUUACUAGCGGUUUACUAUUUGACGACUAGACGGACAUAAAAAUUCUCGCUCGUGCCCGCCUAAUUGUUAUUACCUAGAUUCUGUACGUGGUGGCAAACGUAUAAAAGGAGUGAGGAGACGACAGGUAAGUCACAGAAGAAGCCAAGUCUCUCAGCUGUACGCUCAACUUAUUCCGCCAUGACCAUGCAAAUUCCAUUGACUUUAAUUGUCUGCUGGGCUGGGAUUCUCUUCGUUGGAUCGGUGGAAGCUUUUUUCAAAAAAGAUUUCGGUAAAGACGCCACUUCUUUUGUCACCAGCGUUUCAACGGUGACUGUAACAUCAACAGAAAAGAGCAUUUGUGCUAAAUUGGUCAACGUCACCACCGCUUGCCGUCGCCGCCGUAAUUUCGAAUUCGACAGACCCGAGAUUUUGACGUUUGACGACGAUAUUGACGAGGCCGUAGACUUGGCCUUCAGGAACUCGUUUUACCACAAACAAUUCUCUCCUACCAAAACUCUCGGUAUGGAAGUGACACCAUUGGCCGUGCUGCCACACUCUGGACGUUAUCCAUCGAAUCUCUACCCUGGACUCCAUUCAACUUACCCCAUGUACUCGUCGAGCAGUCGGAACAAGAGCCCAGUCAUUCACCCAAGUCUCUACCAAGACGAAGCGAAACUUCAACAGCAGCAGCUUCAUCAUCAACAGCGCAUCUUUUUCUCUGCUCUUUCCCUCGCCAAUGUGUUCAACAAGGGCACCGUGACAUUCACGACAUUUAAAACAGAAACCAAAACGGAAGUGAAAACUUUUCAGGCGACUUUUUUCGUCGUGAGCUGCACCCCGAAUCCCUUCCCCUUCAGUGUCUGCUCGGCCAAACGCUAAAAGUUUAACUUAUUAAAGUAAUCUUAUUAGAACAGCCUUGUCUGCGUUUUUAAACUAAUCAUGAAAUUCGUUUUAGUUAGUUAUUUAAUAUUUAUCGAGAUUUGUUAUUUAAAUAUUUAGCAACAAUUCGGUAAUGGCAAUAAUUUUUAAAAUUUCUGUAGUUGGGAUGUGUAUGCCAUUUCCAUUAUUUCAAAUACACGAUCCUAAUAUUUUCAGACAUAUAA